GAGAACAGGAAUAAAAGGGUGGGGGAGCAGCAGCAGCCCUCUAUCCCACCCCCCCAAAUCCCUCUUCCUCCCCCCAGUAUAUAUGCCCCCUCCCUCCUGAUGCCUAUCUAAGCACCAACCAAUCUAGACCAAAAAAUUUGAGACGAUAGAGAUCAAUCAGUAGGAAGGGAGUCAUAUAGAGGGAGAUGGGAGGCAGCAGCAACUGGAGCGGCGGCGGCGGACCCGCCGGCAGCAAGCUGCUGGAGAUCCUGAACGUGAGGGUGGUCGGAAACCCCGACCGACCGGCGCUGGUGCUGUCCCACGGCUUCGGCACCGACCAGUCGGCGUGGAACCGCGUCGUCCCUUACUUCCAGCGCGACUACCGCAUCGUCCUCUACGAUCUCGUCUGCGCCGGCAGCGUCAACCCCGACCACUUCGACUUCCGCCGCUACACCACCCUCGAUGCCUACGUCGAUGACCUCCUCGCCAUCCUCGACGCCCUCCGCAUCGACCGCUGCUUCUUCGUCGGCCAUUCCGUCUCCGCCAUGAUCGGCAUCCUCGCCGCCAUCCGCCGCUCCGACGCCUUCCUCAAGCUUAUCCUCAUCGGCGCCUCUCCCAGGUUUUUGAAUGAUAAGGACUAUCACGGAGGAUUCGAGAAGGGGGAGAUAGAGAGGGUGUUCGAGGCGAUGGAGUCGAACUACGAGGCCUGGGUGAGGGGGUUUGCGCCGCUGGCGGUGGGAGCGGACGUGCCGGCGGCGGUGAGGGAGUUCAGCCGGACGCUGUUCAACAUGCGGCCGGACAUCUCCUUGUUCGUGUCGAGGACGGUGUUCAACAGCGACCUGCGGGGGGUGCUGGGUCUGGUGCGGGUGCCCUGCGUCGUCGUCCAGACGGCCAAGGACGUGUCGGUGCCGCUUUCCGUCGCCGCCUACCUCAAGGCCCACCUCGGCGGCCGGACCACCGUCGAGAUCCUCAACACCGAAGGCCACCUUCCCCACCUCAGCGCCCCCGCCGCCUUCAUCACCGCCCUCCGCCGCUCGCUCUCCCGGUGACCGGCGGCGGUGGUCGUGCAGUCUGGGGCCCGCCCCCCCCCCCCCCCACCGCGGAGGCCACCAUUUAAUUGAUGAAGUGCCGGACUUUUUGGCUGAUGACACGUGGAGAAUAAGGUGCGGUGCUUGCCGGUUGUGCCUGAUAAUUUGAGAGAGGACCCCACGUGGAGGUCACGUCAUCUCCUUUGUUUUUUUUUCUUCUUUAUUUUGUUUGUGCUUAUCUUUUUCUCAAUGAAUAAGGUGGAAGAAACGGUUGGGAUUUCCUUAUC